GGCGACCAACACUCUCGUUCUCAAAACGAAGUGUGGACAGACGUAUCGCGUACCUUUCAUAGGUACCACGACGAUACCACACCCCGAUCCUCCUCCCCCGGAGCCUUCAGUGCCCACACCAUCUCUUUAUCACUGUCACCUCGCCUCGACAGUUCGCUCACUUUAUUCGACAGGACGACGUCACCUUCUUUAUGGUGGACGUGACGGAUCUCUUACACUAUGAUCCGCCCUGUCGCGACGCCGAGCUCAUCCCUCUGGAGCCAGAUCCUCCCUCUAUCUCCAUGGCUCCCAUCUCUACUUCCGUCCCUCCGCCGUCCGUCGAGUCCACCCCGUCGUCGGGCGCUGACGCUGACACUGAGGAACUCGCACGAUAUACGACUGACUUGGAGCCCGCAGUUCGUGACCUCAUCCGAGAGUACCACGACGUUUUUCCAUCGUCGUUCUCGUACGCCGGCAUCCCACCGAUGCGUGACGUCGAGCACUCCAUUCAGCUCGUGCCUGAAUAUCGUGUUCACCACCAGGCACCCUACAGACUCUCGAUCCCCGAGACCACCGAACUCAAGCGUCAGCUUGAGAAGCUCCUGAGACUGGGUUUCAUUAAACCCAGCAACUCUCCGUGGGGCGCACCCGUCCUCUUUGCUCGCAAAGCGGAUGGAACUCUUCGUCUCUGCAUCGACUACCGCGGCCUUAACCGCUACACGGUUAAGAACAACUACCCCAUGCCUCGUUCCGAUGAGCUGUUCGACCGCCUAGCAGGMAACCGCUUCUUUACGAAGAUUGAUCUUCGUAGCGGUUACCAUCAGAUCCGCGUCGCUGCAACCGACCAGCCGAAGACCGCGUUCCGCUCACGAUUCGGCCACUACGAGCUCACGGUGAUGCCAUUCGGCCUCACCAACGCACCCGCUACCUUCCAGAGGGCGAUGAACGACAUCUUCAGGGACAUUCUGAAGCAGUACGUUCUCGUCUACCUCGACGAUAUCCUGGUCUAUAGUCGUACCCUUGCGGAGCACCUAAGACACCUCCGCGACAUUCUUGACCGCUUGUGCAGACAUGGCUUCUACGCCAAGCUUAGCAAGUGCCGCUUUGCCCAGCACAAAGUGGAUUUCUUAGGACACUACGUGUCUGACCAGGGUCUCCACAUGGACGACGCGAAGAUCACUGCUAUUGCGGAGUGGCCCGCUCCCACAUCCGCCAAGCAGCUUCGCAGCUUCCUAGGCCUGACCAGCKACUAUAGUAACUUCAUCCGGGGAUACGCUAGGUAUUCCUAYGUCCUUACCUCCACCCUCCUCCGGAAGAACCCACCCUGGGCUUGGACACYCCUCCACGAGGACACCUUCCGCGCCCUCAAGAAGGCGGUGACAUGCGCACCGGUUCUUCACCUACCCGAUUUUGACCGCCCUUUUAUCCUUACCACCGAYGCGUCAGACUUCGCUGUAGGAGCAGUGCUUUCUCARKUCUUCCCYUCAUCUCCUGAUUCCUCUCAUCCUCGUAUCCCUCRCUUCCCACCACCUACCCCUACCACUGCUUCCCGACUGACGCCUACUCGUCCAGCUACUGACGAGCCUUCUAUUGACUAUUCUCCUACCAUCGCCGAGGACGGCACUGUCGAGUCUCGCUCGGGUGAUUGUCCGAUAGCCUUCUACUCCCGUCAACUCCUGCCCGCUGAGAUAAACUACACUGCUGAUGAACGUGAGGUUCUCACAGUAGCUUAUGCCGCUCGGCAUUGGCGUCACUACCUGCACGGGGCACCAUUCACGGUGCGCACGAACAACUCUGUUGUCCAGGCUUUUCUGACAAARCCGAAGCUCACUCCUCGACAGGCUUGCUGGUGGCGCGACCUAUCCGAGUUAAGUUUCACCACUGAGCACAUCAAGGGUGAGACUAAUCGGGUCGCAGAUGCCCUAUCCCGACGCCCUGACCAUGACCAGGAGCACAUCCAACUCUCUUCCAUCUCGGUCACCACCGUCCACCACUCGGUGAUCGACGAGUUUCGCACUCAGUACCGCCACUGCCCCGACUAUCGCGACAUCCACGCGACCCUUCGGAGUGGCAAGACCGUCCCGAACUACUCUCUCGGGGACAACGGUYUUGUGUACUGGCACGGUUCACAGGGCACCAGCGAGCCCCGUAUUUGCGUUCCCUCCACUGGACAGCUACGUGUCCGAGCAGUAGAAGAGUUCCAUGACUAGGGAGCUGCCGGUCAUAUGGGCUUCCACAAGACGUUGGCUCGUGUGAGCCGCCUGUACGUCUGGCCGAAGCGCAAGGACUUUGUGAAGGACUACGUCGCAGAGUGUC